CCCGGGUGGGGGUGGUGAGGCCCGUCCUGGGGGCGGGGUCUACGGUGGGCGAGUGCGCGUCGCGGCGCCCGGCAUUUCAAACCUCGCGGCUAGACCGCUGAGAGUCUGCUCCCCGAGCCGGUUGCUCAGCUGCUUCUCAGCGCGGGUCGAAUCCACCUCUCGCGGGAUCCAGGCCCAGCUCGACGGCAACUCUCUCCUCGACGCCUCGCCGUCGCCAUGGUUCACUUCUUGCACCCGGGCCUUUCGCCCCGGACCAUCAUCCCCCCGGACGCUCGGAAGGAUAUACUAGGCUGCCUUGUGGUGCAGGAGGAGGCAUCUCCCUACUCUUUGGUCAACAUAUGCCUGAACAUCCUGGUUGCUAACCUGGAGAAAUUGUGUUCUGAAAGAUCUGAUGGAACACUUUGUCUUCCGGAGCAUUGGAGUUUUCCUCAGGAAUUAGCUGAUCAAUUCGUUGGGAUGAUGACUUGGCAAGGCAAGCUGACUGAUAGAACAGCAAGCAUUUUCCAAGGCAACCAAAUGAAACUGAAGCUGGUCAACAUUCAGAAAGCUAAAAUAUCCACAGCUGCAUUCCUGAAAGCCUUCUGCCAUCACAGACUCACUGAACUGGAUGCUACUGCAGCAAGCACUGACCUCUCCAUCCCAGACAUCCUCGGUGGGCUCUGCAGCAACAGCUGGAUCCAAGAAAACCUCCGACGUCUCGUCUUGGACUCAACAAGCAUCCCUCGAGAUUCAAGACCGUUGUUGUUUGGUCAGCUCACUGGUCUUCGAGUUUUAAGCGUUUUCAAUGUUUGUUUUCAUAGUGAAGACCUGGUUAAUGUUUCGCAGUUACCAAAACUGGAAAGCUUGGAUAUCUCUAAUACUCUGGUCACUAACAUCUCUGCACUCCUUACCUGUAAGGAUCGACUCAGAUCUCUUACAAUGCACUAUCUAAAAUGUCUGACCAUGACCACACCACAGAUUCUUGCAGUCAUUAGAGAACUUAAAUGUCUGCUUCACCUUGAUAUUUCUGAUCACAGGCAACUCAAGUCAGAUCUAGCUUUUCAUUUGCUACAGCAGAAAGAUAUUCUGCCCAAUAUUGAGUCCCUGGACAUUUCUGGGGGUAGUUACAUCACUGAUGGAGCUGUAGAACUAUUUAUACAACAACGGCCUGCGAUGCAGUUUGUGGGACUGUUGGCUACAGAUGCUGGUUAUUCUGACUUCUUUUCUGCAAAGGAAGGCUUGAGGGUUGCUGGAGGAGCCAAUGUAAGCCAGAUUUCAGAAGCUCUGAGCUGCUACAGGAAUAGAUCAUGUUUUGUGAAGGAAGCCCUCUACAGGCUCUUCACAGAGACAUUUUCAACGCAAGUAACCAUGCCUGCUAUUUUAAAGCUUGUGGCUGUAGGAAUGAGGAAUCAUCCAUUGGAUUUGCCAGUGCAGUUCACAGCCAGCGCUUGUGCCCUCAACUUAACACGCCAGGGCCUGGCCAGGGGGAUGCCUGUUCGUCUGUUGUCAGAGGUUACCUGUCUACUUUUCAAGGCUUUGAAAACUUUCCCCCAUUACCAGCAGUUACAGAAGAAUUGUCUUCUCUCCUUAACCAAUUCCAGGAUUCUUGUGGAUGUUCCAUUCAAUAGGUUCGAUGCUGCCAAGUUUGUUAUGAGAUGGCUCUGUAAGCAUGAAAACCCCAAGAUGCAAGCCAUGGCGGUGAGCAUAAUCUCUAUUCUCGCCCUGCAGCUCUCACCGGAGCAAACUGCACAACUUAAAGAGGAGGUUUUCAUGGCAGUUAAGGAACUUCUAGCAAUAGUAAAACAAAAGACUGCUGAGAGUCUAGAUGAUGUCACCCUCUUGUUUACUUUGAAAGCACUUUGGAAUCUUACAGAACAAUCUCCAGCUGCUUGUAGGCACUUUAUUGAAAAUCAAGGAUUGGCAAUCUUCAUCCAAGUCUUAGAGACUUUUUCAGAGACAGCAAUACAAAGCAAAGUACUUGGUCUUUUGAACAACAUAGCUGAAGUCAGAGAACUCUUUUCCAAGCUGAUAACUGAAGAUGUGGUAAAGCAUAUCAGCAGCUUGCUCCAUAGCAAGGAAUUGGAAGUCAGCUAUUUAGCUGCAGGCAUCAUUGCCCACCUGACAUCUGACAAACAGCCCUGGAUAUCCUGUGACCUCCAGAGGAGAGUGCUUCUCCAGGAUCUGUAUACAACCAUCCAGAAUUGGCCAAGUUCAAGUUGUAAGAUGACAGCUUUGAUCACUUACAGAUCCUUCAAGGCAUUUUUCCCGCUCCUUGGCAACUUCUCUCAACCAGAGGUUCAGCUCUGGGCACUAUGGGCCAUGUAUCAUGUCUGCAGUAAAAACCCCAGCAAAUACUGCAAAAUGUUAGUUGAAGAAGAAGGAUUGCAGCUUUUGUGUGACAUCCGGGAACACAGUGAGGCAGACCCCCAAGCACAGCAGAUUGCAGCCUCCAUUGUAGAUGACUUCAAAAUGCAUUUUAUGAAUUACCAGAGACUCUCUCUUUGUUGAAGGCCCUUCUUAACCUCAGGGCCUCAGAGGUGCUGCAUCUUCGGUAUCAGGCCUUCUGCUGUAUCAGCAAUCAAGUGUUGGAUUGAAACAAGUUGUCGUUGGAGUUUGUGAGCUGACCGCCUUGCCUUGUUGGCCUUUUGGGGGAUGAUUUUCUGUAAGUUAUAAGAAGUUUGGAUUUGUGUGAUAGCCAUAAUCUCAAAUCAAGCUGGAAUCAUUCUUGGAAUACCUUUUCAGUAGUUUUGAAAAAUCAAGCCCUGGACUCUGUGGGAAGACCUGUAAGCUUUUGUUAGAACAGCUAUGCCAGUUAAUUUUCUCUAGCCCUGACCAAUUUCUUAACUGAGUAUUUGUCAGAGGAAAGAAAAAAAGAAAUACCUAUGGGGGACCUCGGUAUUUAUGUUAAAUUUCAUGGUUGAAGGAAUCUCCUAAGUUGUUAUUCCUGGCUAUAUGAGGCCUUUGGAAAAGAAAUGCAUGAGAGUUCUAGGAAACAUGUGUGUUUAAAUGUAUUGUUUGGAAGGCAGAACCUCUAUUGGAGGGGAUGGAAAAAAUUUUUUUAAUACAUACCAAAUUACCUUCCACUCGUUGGAUAGAGUAAAGAGAAAUACAUUUUUAUGAUUUUUGGAUAGUCUACCUUUGACCUUUUUUCCUCCAGCUUUACACAUUAGACUGAAUGAGCGUAAUAACAUUGUGGGUAAUUGGGUGUGCUGGUGGGGCAUGGUCACAGGACUGACAAGUGUUUAGAUGAAAGAUUAUAUGGCGAGUAUAAAUCUCAAUCCCUCAGAUUUUUAAGGUCACAGAGUGGGACUGUGACCAAAACUGAGAGGAAAAGGAAGGACUGUGCCAAAGAUUUAAAGAGGUGCUCUUUAAAAAAAAAAAGAGGUGCUCUUACCUAACUUGGAUGAGAAAAAUAAUGAGUUUUUCUAAGAACCAACCUCAACCCCAGUAUAAGCUAUGAGAGGCUUUUGUUUGUGUCCUCUGCAAACCUGCUCUAUGGAAUAAAGUCCUUCCUUACCUUAUUAUUGGCAACCAAUGAAACAUGUUAAGCCAUUAAUCUAAAUUUUUCAAAGAAACAAAAUUUUUUUUUUAAUUGGUAGCUUAUUUUAGGACUAGAUUUUCAUACUGUAAGCUGGCCAGGUUCUUAACUGGAAUGUGCCGUAUCAUCUUUUGAAAUCAAAUGAGGUUUAUUCUUAUUCUAAAUUGUUUUUUCAAACUAUUGCUCACUGGUGUCCAACUGGAUAAGGGGAAUUUGUGACCUGCUUCCUUCAACAGCCCUGAAACUCCACAGAUUUUCUCAUUCACUCUUCUGCAUGAUUCUAAAAGUAUGUCUUAGUUUCCUGACCUGGGUUCCAUAUGUCAGAACAUGUUGUUACCAGAUACUAGUUUGGGCUGAUGUGAGGAAGAUGAGUGGGAAAUAGUGCCUGUUGAGGUCCAUUUCAGCACUGGGCACCUCUGUACAUUUUCUCUGAUUUUCAACAGUCCUCUGGGAUAGUUUUAUUUUCCCCAUUUAACAGAUAAGAAGAAGGAAGUAGAGCAAGAUGGUUACUUUGCUGAGUAGACAAAUACUGCUUGUGUGGUUGGUGCUGAUUCCUAAGACUUGGGUUCUUGUCUUCCCUUCCCUUCCAGGAAAUGAGUACAGCUUUGAGGCACAUUUGUUUUUAACAGCAAGUCAACAAUGUUACUUGUCUGUGUCCAUGCCUCUGCUCAUGGUUCAGUAACUCCUGAGCCGCCCAGGCACAGGCUUAGGAAGCUCAGAUCAGUUAAAGAUGACCACAUGUCUCUUGCCCUGCCUUGGCAUUGGAGGAGGGCUGCUGAGGCUCGUGUGCACAUGUGUAUAUCAGCCCCCCUUUAUUUCAAAGUGCCACCAUCUUGCUUACUUUUUUGCUCAUGCUGUUCCCCUCAGUUUUCCUCUUCUUAGCCUCCAUUGCCUGUUCGAUCCUUCAGGCUUCAACUGCAGUAUUACCUGUCCAUUUCUUAAUCUCUCAUGUUGUCCACCUGAGUUAAUCAUUCCCUUCUCAGGGCUCCUGAAAGUUAUUAAAUGCACCA